AUGGACAUCUCUCGCGGGUCCAGGCGAGCCCGCCAUGUCGCUGCCAACGCUGCCCUGCACGCCGCCGCCGUCUCGCCGCAACCACAGCUCCCAGAGGAGACGCCUGUGGUGGCGGCAACGGCGGCCACGACGGCAGCAGCAGCAGCAGCACCGCCAUCACCACCACAACCACCACCAGAAGUACCGGAAGCACCUCCAGCCGCCGCCGCCGCCGCUGCGGCGGCGGCCAUGGCUCGUCACCGAGAGAUGAACAGCAAUGCCAGCGCCAACACAGCCAGCACCGCCGCCGCCAGCGUCCACAGGACCCCAGAGCAGCCUCAUCAUCACCACGCCCACAACCCCUCACCGCCAGCUGUCGCCCCGGGCCCUCCUCCGCAUCCCUUUCGUCUUCAUCGCUGUGAGUAG